GUCCUAUUCAUAUAAUAUAUGUACAUUAUAUCUUGCAUUAAUUUGUUUAGCUUAACAAGUUGUCUUCUACUCUUCUACAUUGCAACCCAUACCUCAUUAGAGAUGGCUCCAUUGCAAAGAUCAAAAUCUGCAAGUCAAACAGGUCAACUCCAGAUCCAACACUUCAUCCAUCAACAUGUUCUUCAUAAACUUUACAUGACGACUGAAUUCAAUUGCGACGGUUGCAACACCGGUGGAUACGGCGUAAGAUACCGAUGCUCCGCUUGUGAUUUUGAUCUUCAUGGACAAUGCGCCACCGCUCCCCACCGUAUCUCAGCCAACAUCCACCCGCACCACCACCUCGCCCUCGUUAACCGCCCUGGAGACUCGCACUUAUGCCACGUAUGCAAAGGGGUCACUAAUGGCCUUAGUUACAUGUGUGAGGUUCAGUUAUGUGAGUUUAAUGUGCACGCUCUAUGUGUCCAGAUUUCAGGAGAAAAGUCGUUGACUUUGGAUCCUAGUCAACUGCCGGUGGUAGGUGGUUUUAGUGGCGGGAGUAACAACAAUCAACCGGUGUUGAUGAACCAGCAGAUGCAAAGCAAUAGUCAACCUAUGAUGGUCAACCACCAUCCACAGAUGCAAGGGAUACAAACGAUGCAAUUCGGUGGUUAUAACGGAGCGAAUACCAGUCAACCUAUGAUGGUGAAUAAUAAUCAAAACCAUACAAUCAACCGCCACCAGCAACAACAAAUGAAACCUAUUGUGGGCUACGGUAGUUUCCAUGGAGUGAAUAAUAAUAGUCAACCUAUGAUGGUCAACCACCACCAGCAACAGCAACCAAUACCUACAGUGGGCUUUAGUGGUUAUCCUGGAGGGAUGAAUAGUCAACCUGUGAUGGUCAACAACCACCACCAACAACAAGUGAUGCCUACUAACCAACAAUUUGUGACCAACCAACAUCAACAGCUUCAGCAGCAGCAGCAAGGGAUGGGGAUACCUGCAACGGCUGUUGGUGGUUAUAAUGUGGUGCACAAUAAUCAAACUGUGAUGAUCCACCAUCCUCCGCCGCCACCGCCGCAGCAGUCUAGUGGUUACACGAAGGUAGGGAAGCUAGCUGCUAAUCUUAUUUCGACUUCACUUAUUGGGGUUCCAAUAUUUAUGCCCAGAAGAUGAGCAGUUGCUAAGUGGUAUUACGAUCUUCACGUUUAUUUGUUGAUGUUCGUAACAUGUUUUAUUCUAUUACAAAUAACUAUUGUCGAUCAUGAAGUCUGAUUCAUCUUUAAUGUUACAUCACUUUUCAAUUUAUUUUCUGGAUAAAUAAAGGCAUUUUGGGACAUGAUAAUUAUCUUGUCAAAUGUGAAAUGUCCUUCGUUUAAUAUACUCUAUGAGGUCGCUACUUUAUACGCGAUUUAAUUAUAUGU